GCUAUUCUUCUCCAACCAUAGUACCCCGCCCAGCCUUUUGUCCAGGAACCGUGAGCAAGGACGCCUCUAGUAUCUUGAGGUUGCACUGCCACAAAAUCGAAGGGGCAAACUCCAGGUUCAUACACUCCAUCUGUGUCGCGGCGGCGGGAGAUCAGCAUCUCACCGGCCAUUGUCGAUCAUCUCGCGCACGUCUGUACAGCGGCAAGACGCGGCAAUGGGGUCUGGAUUCGGCGAGGCAGUAUCGUCCCUCCUGGCAACAUAUGGCAGAUGUCUCAAGUUGCUCAAGGCAUUCAAGGGUCACCAUUCACUACAGCAACCUGGUGAUGGGGGAGCUCCGUCGGUGGCAUCGCAAUCUCAGACAUCACUUCGCCAGUCCAUUCGCUCCGACCGUUCGAGAAUCCGCAAGGCCUAUUCUGCGCGACUGUAUCGGGAGGGAGGCCGGUUGUCAAAGGGUGAUUCGGUUUCGAGGUCAAACUUGAGAGGCAUCAUUCGCAAGCUCAGAGCAGCCUUGGUCAAUAUCCUGAACCUGGCGAAGACCCAGCAGCCGGCCAUUGAUUAUGAUGCUCUGACGGCACUAUCAAACGCAUCGCGAAUCGACGCGAUUCGGACUAUGGAUGACCUGUCACAAAGAUUGCAUAGACCUUCUCGGGGAAGUCUCAAGUCCAGCAGCUCCAAGACAUCCUCAUCUGCAGACUCACAAUCGCGGAAGCGCGGCAGGCGGCGUAGUCCUAAAGAGAAACUUGGCUCAAAAGCAUCUGGUUCGCUCUCCAUCGAGGAAGCCAAAGGCCCAGAUGAGAUGCGGGAAGCUUCGCGUCGCUCUCAUGCGCGCUCAAGAAGCUCAAGACAUCUGUCACGAGACCAUCAUCAAACAUCGGGACCGUCAGCAGCUGAGCCCGCCACCAAGCGCAGGCGUGCUAAGCUCACGAAGCAGCACGCCGACUGUGACACGUUUGUUCACACCCGGGUGUCAUAUAUCUCAAUGUCGUCGGACAGCACGAAACUUGGCGAAAUCCCAUAUCGCGGGUCGCGCCUUGUGAGACACCUUACAGCCGACGAGGAGUCCUUAAGCCACCAAGCGACAUAUCCUCUAUAUGCUCAUCAGCCAGUACAACAGGGGAAGGUGGGACUCCUCCGUCGCCUUUUCAGGUGAACUUUGUGGUUGUCGGUGGGUUCAUCAUAGCCCGGCUUAAUCGAAACUUUCCGCGGGGAUCGAGAUUGGUGGGCAUCACGAAACAUACUCAAAAUACGGCAAGGCGUCAAUGCACGGAUGCGGCAGAUAUGUUCCGGGCUCCAGCGAGCAGACCCGGCCAUUGCUUGGCAAAUCUCUGGACGCGAUAGCCGAGCCCAACAACUGCAGCCUCGCGUCGUUACUUAGGCUAUAACAACGGGGAAGUUCCGCACUUAUGGUCCUCGACUCUUGGCCG